GGUACUGCGAACAUUGCAUCAACCAUGGCUCUUCAAAAAGAGCCAUUGAGUCCGACUGGGGUAUUGGACACAUUCCGAUCUUUCGACGUUACACCGACAAUUGGGACGGAGUUUCCAGAUGCAAGCCUCAAAGCGUGGUUUGAAGAUCCAAAAGCGGACGAGCUACUUCGUGAUCUGGCAAUAACAGUCUCACGUCGCGGCGUCGUUUUCUUUCGUCAACAAGACGACCUCACUGAAGAUGUCCAAAAGUCAAUAGUCCAAAAGCUAGGAAUCCUUACUGGCAAGCCAACUACAUCCUCCCUGCACCGCCAUGCUGUCCAGCCCAACCCUGACGCUGACCCCGAAAUCCUGCGCAUCAACUCCGAGGAAAACAAGAAGAUCUUAGCAGGAACGGUGUUCGAUCCUGCAGGCCCGCCACGACAAAGCUGUCGCGGGCUAUGGCACAACGACAUCAGCUACGAACCUAUUCCAAGUGAUUACGCCUUGCUCCGACUGACGCAGGUGCCUGAAUCAGGAGGCGGCAUAAACACCGUGACUGACAUUUUCGCAAAAGAUACUUUGUGGGCUUCUGGAUACGAGCUAUUUGACCGCAUCUCGCGCCCGGUGCAGAUGUUUCUUGAAGGCCUCACCGCUACGUUCGCGGAGUUGCGCGAGAGAGACGCGUCCGAUAGUCGUUUCCAGAUCCCACGAGGAGCCCCUGAGAAUGUAGGCACGAAUCUCCGACCGACGCAUCCAGUGGUUCGCACGAAUCCUGUCACCGGUUGGAAGAGCGUGUAUGCCGUCGGUCUACACGUCCAGAAUAUCAACAGCCUAACUGGUGAUGAGAGCGAAGGGCUCAAACGUUGGUUUACCAAGCUCAUUGUCGAGAAUCACGAUCUCCAAGUGCGUUUUCGUUGGAACAACGCUAAUGAUGUCGCUAUCUGGGAUAAUCGGUGUACAUUCCAUAGCGCCACGUACGACCAUGAGGGCUAUGGCAUUCGGGAAGGUUAUCGUGCGUGUGGUGUUGGGGAAAGACCGUAUCUGGAUCCCAGUAGUACCGGUCGCAGGAAAGCGUGGCAGGGUUGA